AUGAGUCGUCGUGUGGCAGUGAUUGGUGGAGGGGCUUCAGGACUGGCCUGUAUCAAGUGCUGUUUGGAUGAGGGGCUGGAGCCUGUCUGCUUCGAAAGCAGUGAUGAUAUUGGUGGUCUGUGGAGGUUUAAGGAGAAUCCAGAGCCAGACAGGGCCAGCAUCUACCACUCCGUCAUCAUCAACACCUCAAAGGAGAUGAUGUGUUUCAGUGACUUUCCCAUCCCUGCACACUUCCCAAACUUCAUGCACAACUCCCUCAUCAUGGACUACUUUCGGAUGUAUGCUGACCACUUCCAGCUCACUAAACACAUACACUUUAAUACCAAAGUCUUGCAGGUGAAGCAGAAAUCAGAUUUUUCUCAUUCAGGCGAGUGGGUUGUUGAAACUGAGAACAAAGAUGGCAAGAAAGAGAAACACAUUUUUGAAGCUGUGAUGAUCUGUAUUGGACAUCACUGCAACCCCAACAUGCCUCUUCAUGACUUUCCAGGCAUUGAAACUUUCACGGGGAAGUAUUUCCACAGCAGAGACUACAAGACUCCCGAGGAGUGGAGGAAUAAAAAGGUCAUGGUGAUUGGAAUUGGAAACUCUGGAGGAGACAUAGCAGUGGAACUGAGUAGAGUCACCAAGCAGCUUUACCUGAGCACUCGAAGGGGAGCAUGGAUUCUGAACAGAGUCUGGGACAAUGGGAUUCCCGUUGACUUGUUUUUUAACAGGGGGACAGGUUUCCUAAGAAAAAUUCUUCCCUUUGGUGUUUUCUGUAGUCUGAGAGAGAGCCGGCUCAACAAAAAAUUUGAUCACGCUCUGUACAACCUAAAGCCAAGGCACAGGGUGUUCAGCCAACAUCCCACAGUGAAUGAUGAGCUUCCCAACCGCAUCCUCUCUGGAACUGUUCAGGUGAAACCCAACAUCCGCAGAUUACAAGGUUCCAGUGUGGAGUUUGAUGAUGGAAGUGUAGUGGAAGAUGUUGACCUGGUGGUGUUUGCUACAGGAUACCGGUUUUCCUUUCCAUUCCUGGCUUCACAGGUGGUCUCUGUGUCUAACAACAAAGCAUCUCUGUACAAAUAUGUGUUUCCUCCUGAGCUUGAACGCCCCACGCUGGCUAUCAUUGGUCUAGUGCAGCCACUGGGAGCCAUUAUGCCCAUCUCUGAGAUGCAGGCCAGAUGGGCUACACGUGUCUUUAAAGGCUGCAUAAAGCUUCCUUCAUCAGCUGCCAUGCUAAAAGAUAUUCAGUGUAAGCAGGAGGCCAUGGCUCAAAGGUAUGUCACCAGUCAGAGACACACCAUCCAGGUGAACUAUGUCAGCUACAUGGAUGAAAUAGCAGAGCUAGUGGGAGUUCAACCCAACAUCUCAAGGAUGCUGCUGACUGACCCCAGGCUGGGAAUGAAUGUGCUCUUUGGUCCCUGCACGCCGUACCAGUAUCGUCUCAGGGGGCCAGGAAAGUGGACUGGAGCCCGCCAGGCCAUCCUCACUCAGUGGGAGAGAGUGACUCAACCCCUGCAGACCAGGCAAUGCGAUGAGCCCAAACCCAGUAGAUCAUAUAAGUGGCCUCUGCUUCUGUCAGCUGCUGCUUUGUCCUUCACUGUCUACGUUAAGAGGAACAACCUUCCAGCUUUCCUACAGGAUCCCACCGCUUUGCUAUACAGGCUUAAAAUAUGA